AUGGCGAGAGAAUGCGAACAUCAGUCGAAUCAGGACGCCCGUCAAGUCUAAAUCACACAAUGGAUAUUUCUCUGUCGUAUCUGCCAGUAAAUCCCGCAAGUCUAGUGCUGAUUGUUUUAGGCAUCUCUCUUCUGGAUUACAUGUUUAAUUGUUGGUCUGAACUCAAUCGAAACACUGCAAUUGGUACAAAUUAUAAAACCAGCGUCAACAGGUGUCUGGCAAGCAGUUCACUUUUCGAUAGGACAUGGGACGCCGAGACUCCAAAUGGACGCAUCUGCGGCUUGAGACACCUUCAACUGCGCCAUCGUGUCAAACUGAUGGCAGGAGUUAAGCGGCGGCUCGACCAGGACUUCUAACACAUAAUAAAAUUAAUGUACACGUAAAAUAGUAUUAAGAAAUUAUCAUCUCAAUAAAAUUGUAGAAGUUUACCUCCAA